AUGACGUGCAACUGUCAGGCUCUGCAGUCCACCGAACAGUCAAGACAGGCAGACAUCGGCUGUACGGUUAUCCUGGGAGUGUUUUUAUGGCUGCCUGCUCGACAUCUAGUAAUUUGCUGUGUUUAAGAAGGCUCAGUGUUUUUGAGAGGUCGUGAAAGCGAGACUGCUCUGUGUUCACCGAUGAAUGUAGAUAAGACAAAGGCGCUCGGUCGCGGACACGGCUAACUUUUUAGUGCUAAACGAGCCUGUUCGAGCGCCGUUGAACUUCAUCGAUCGUAAAUAGUUCUUCAGAAAACACACUCAACGGAAGUCUAACUAGGAUUAAAACCUUUGUGUUCGUACCGAAGAGCUACAUGAAUUUCACAGGGCAGCAAUCUUUUGCAACUUUUUUUUUUUUUCCUGAGGAGUCGUACAAACUUGUAGUGGCAUGCAUUAACGUCACUUCAUUUUAGCGAGCUAGCUAGGUGUAUUAGCUGGCAGCGUAGGUACAGUAGUUAUUAUCAGGACUUUACAACUUAGUUUGUAAUGACAGUGUGUUUUAUACGUUUUUCAACAGGUAGACCCUCUGAAAACACAACGAGACAGUGAAAACAUACGAAAUUUGGAAAGUUAAGGCACAAUUUUCUUAGCGUUGGAAAGUUCAGGUUAUAUUGCGGCCAAUGUAAUGAGUUGUAGUUUGGCUUUUUGGUUCGUGUUUUGAAGAUUGUCCCCGUGUUUUAGAAAGCCACUUGCCCUAAUGAUGCUGUCUUUGGACACCGUCUAACCCCAAUAUCGAGCGACCAUGUUGGAUCAUACAGAAUAACGAGACUUGGACAGGAGUCGAGCUUCAGGUCGUGCAGUUGGCUCCAUUUUUUUUUUUUUUUGUGCUGAUGCGAGCCGUUGGAGCACACGAAGAAACCUUCCGUUUGACCUAGAGGAUACAAUAGCUCGCCUGAAGUCUUCGUCAGUUUAUGCAUCAAAAUGUCGGCCAUCUCUGCAUCCGAGAAAGUGGACGGGUUUACGAGAAAGUCCAUGAGGAAGGCCCAGAAGCAGAGAAAAUCCCAAGGCUCUUCUCAGUACCGCACUCAGAGCGCUCCGGUUGAGCUUUCCCCGCUGCCGCAGCUCAAAGAUGCCCCCGCCACGGAACAGCAGGAACUGUUCACCCAGAAACUCCAGCAGUGCUGCGUAGUCUUUGACUUUCUGGACUCGGUGACGGACCUCAAGAACAAGGAGAUCAAGAGGGCAACACUUAAUGAGCUCGUGGACUACGUUUCCACCAACAGAGGGGUUCUGGUGGAAGCUGCGUACCCAGAAAUCACUGAUAUGAUCAGUACCAAUAUAUUCAGGACUCUUCCACCAAGUGAAAACCCUGAUUUUGACCCAGAGGAGGAUGAACCCACUCUAGAGGCUUCUUGGCCUCACAUCCAACUGGUCUAUGAGUUUCUCCUGCGCUUUCUAGAGAAUCCAGACUUCCAGCCCAGCAUUGCAAAGCGCUACAUUGAUCAGAAAUUUGUUCUGCAGCUUCUGGAGCUGUUCGACAGCGAGGACCCGAGGGAGAGGGACUUCCUGAAGACCAUCCUGCAUCGGAUUUAUGGAAAGUUCCUGGGGUUGCGGGCCUUCAUCAGGAAGCAGAUCAACAACAUUUUCUUGCGGUUCAUCUAUGAAACUGAGCACUUCAACGGAGUUGCUGAGCUGCUAGAAAUCCUGGGAAGCAUCAUCAAUGGAUUUGCCUUGCCCCUGAAGGCUGAGCACAAGCAGUUCCUUAUGAAGGUGCUCAUCCCGUUACACACAGCGAAAGCGUUGUCUCUUUUCCAUGCGCAGCUGGCCUACUGUGUGGUCCAGUUCCUGGAGAAGGAUCCUACACUCACUGAACCGGUGAUUCGCGGGCUGCUGAAGUUCUGGCCUAAAACCUGUAGCCAGAAAGAGGUGAUGUUCCUGGGUGAAAUCGAGGAAAUUCUGGAUGUCAUUGAGCCGACGCAGUUCAAGAAAAUCCAGGAGCCGUUGUUCAGACAGAUUUCUAAAUGUGUGGCCAAUCCACACUUUCAGGUAGCAGAGCGUGCUCUGUACUUCUGGAACAACGAGUACAUUCUCAGCCUCAUCGAGGAGAACAUCAACAAGAUCCUUCCCAUCAUGUUCGGUAGCCUGUACAGAAUCUCCAAAGAGCACUGGAAUCCGACGAUCGUCGCUCUGGUCUACAACGUGCUGAAGACGUUGAUGGAGAUGAACUGCACGCUGUUCGAUGAGUUGACUUCCUCUUAUAAAGCAAACAGGCAAAUGGAGAAGAAGAAGGAGCAGGAGAGGGAUGAGCUGUGGAAGAAGCUGGAGGAGUUGAGGCUCAGCAACACCACUCUGGUCCAAAACAACAGCCACGGGCUCCUGAAUGUCCAGAACAACAACAACAACAACAACAACAUCAGUAGUAGUAAUGACACCCAGGAUAUGAGCGUCGAUGUUGCUACGGUCACCACAGACAACAACAAUCCCGACGUCAGCGUGGCAGCCAGUGAGAACAGCCCGUGUGCCAAAUGACACCAGGCGUCAGUUUUUUAUACCGUGACGGUUUGACAUUGUGUUCGGGACUGUCCGGAGAGGAAUGACGGAGACAGAAAAACACAAAUUACACCUCAACAGUAUAUUAAAACUACGUAGAGUGACUUAGAAUGCCAGCAUUUCUUUGGCAGAAAAAAAAAUCUAUAUAUAUAUAUAUAUUUCAACUUAAGACUAUUUUUGGAUGUUACAGUGUGGCUGCAAUAUAUUGUUUAUUUGUCUGAUCAAAGAUGUAUCCUUUCACAUUUAGUUUCUUAACUGAAAAUGAUUUCUGUUCUGGUUAUAUUUGUUGUAUGAUACAUGUGACGGGAGAAAAUAUUAAUGACUUGAAUUUAAUGUUUCCGAUUGUGCUGCACUUAGACAAGCUGAAUAGCUAUUUAAAGAUGUCUGUUUUUUAAUGUGCUUUUCCCUGUUGCUGUUGCUGCCAACACUUGGGCGCAAAUGUUAAGGAAGAAGGGAACUGUGGACUUCGGGAGUAUUUGUGGCAGAUGGGACCAGGUCCAUGAGUAAACAUUUAGUGUCCAUUAAUGUACAGUAAAGGACUGUUGUCGGGAGUGGAUGAAUCUAGAGGAGGAGAAUGAUAGGGGUGCAUUGCCAAAAAAGGUAAAUCCUAAACAGUAGUAAUCCCAGAUAUGGGCUGACAUCUCUGUUAGUGGCUCUAGUUGGAACUAUGAAGUUAAAACUUGUUCACAAUUAGGGUAAUUGUUAUAUAUGUGAGAUUAUUUUUGUCUUUCAGGUGUUGGUAUAUGUUUUUAAUCUGGGCGAAAACAUGAAGCUAACAGUUUUUGUUACAAGAUCUGCAUUUAUAAGAUUAUUUACACUAAAGUAUUGAGAACAGGGCUUACAAAGAAUGAACGUUUUACUCAGCCUGACUGGAAUUAAAGGAAUGUUUUCACAUUUUGUAAAACAAACAAGCAAACAAAAAAAAAAAAAACUCUUUUGUCCGAGUUAGCCGAGAAGAUCAUCCCGCUCUUGUGUUAUGUCCGGUUAACAGGAAGCUACAGCCAGCAGCUGCUUAUCUUAGCUCAGCAUAAAGACUGGAAACAGCCAGCCUGGCUCUGUCUUAAACCACAUCCAAACCGACUUGAGCCCAGCAAGAAUCAAUUGGCUGCGUUGGCCAGUCACAUACAUGGAAGCACACAUUCCUGGCAGAUUACUUUGCAAGGAGAACAAUUUAUUUCAUCUGUUUACCUUGCAGUUAUCGUGACCAAAAAUAAAAUAGUCUUUACUUCACUUUUCAGAGUCUGAGUACGACAAACAGCUGUGCAGUAAUUUGGCUUCUUAUAAACUUUGAGCGCAUUAUUCCAGGAUUGUAUUUCAUUGCAUCUCCAGCGACACUCCCUCGCCAACUGUCUGCCUUGAUCCCAGUUAAAGGUUACAAAAUGCACACAAACUCACCACUUAAAACAUCAUACCUUGUUUGUUUCAACGGUAGAAAAAUCAAAGCUUGAAUUGUUUUUACAACAACAACAACAACAAAUGUCUCCAGUCUUUAUGCUAAGCUUUGUAUUUACCAUACAAACAGGACAUUGGUAUCUUCUCAUCUGACUCUCAGCAAGAAAGCACAGAGUUCCAUUUCCCAAAAAUGUUGAACUAUUCCUUUAAAAGUAGUAGACUUAGGAGAUAAAAACAUGAGACAGUACUAUUAUUAUUACAUGUCAUAUAUUUUUCCAUUGAGAAGGCCAAUAUUUUUGAAUGUUUCAUUGAGCAUAUGGAUACCAAUGCGAUGCAGGAUGUGCUUGAGUGUUUAUGUGUAGAUGUUAGUUUGGAGGCUACUUAAAGGGACAUGCCACUCAAUUUCAGAUUUUAUAUACAGCACGUUACUUCUGUGGUCUAGGAAAAUGCAGUCAGUGAUUAGGAAGGUAAAGGUCAAAAGCAAAGACUUAAAACUCAUCCAGCUCCAUCUUUUAGAAAUUACACUCAAGUGCCGCCAGUCUGCAGCAACAAAGAUGUUUGAGCGCAAUAUAACGACAACCAAGUUUUUUGGGUUUUUUUUAAGUAACAAGGUUAUUAAUUACCUGGCACAUACACAAUCCACUCACGGUGACCGCAGCAUCGGUCAAGUCUUUUUAUGGUUCUGUUUCAGCAGCACUGGCUUAAGAACAGGGCAAGAUCAGAGUCUGUUUCAACACAGGAAAAGUCCACAGUAACUUCAGACUUCAGAUUAUUUUAUUGACAUUUAACAGAAAUCGCACUCUAACUUUAACAAACCAAACCACUUCUGUUGUUUUUCAGCCACACAAAGAAACUUCAUCUCUGAAGGUAAUCCUGGCAGCCAUGACUGUAUUCAGUGAAAAUUAUUUCGUUAUGUGAGAACAUGAUUUCUAGACGGGGUUGAACUAGUCUUACCGCUUACCUGAUGUUUUACUAUGCACAGCAGGCUGAGUUUGUGUAUUGUGAGCUUUUAUAUCCAAUUAAGGCUCAUUAUGAAGCAGUGAUGAGAGUGAAAGUGAAGUGAUCGUUACCAUCAAUGCCUGUUCGCUCCCUGCGUCUCCAUGCUUUAUUAUAGCCUCACAUUUGCUUUGAUUUUUUUUUUUUUUCCAGCUUCUGACACCAGGAGUUGAUAAAUGUGUUCAUAAAGGUGAUCUGACUGCCGUAGAUCAUAGGAGCCACUUUUUAAAACUGAAUGGUGUUCCCUCUGAACCCGGGCGUCUGCUCUGUUACUUAUGAGUUCAUAUUUUGUAGGUCCAGUCUCUUCUGAUGCCUUUAUGUCAGUACUGCAUUCCAACCUCUGUGACGUUACAAAAAGAAGAAAAAAAAAACUAUCUAUGUGGGGAACCUGUUUUGUAAUCGCAGAUCUUAUUUAGGUUUCACCAUCAAAUAAAGUUGACUUUAUCUUUCUACACAAA